AUGCGUCUCGCCCACCGGUUACUCAUGGCCACGCCGACCUCAAUCGGCUCCAAAUCCAGCCUGAGCGAAGCCCUCGCCCUCCUCCCCCCGCUGCAGCUCUACCGGCGCAUCCUGCGCGUCCACCGUAAACUCGACCCGGAGAUGCGCGUACUGGGCGAUUCGUACGUGAAGAACGAGUUCCGGGCGCACCGAAACGUGGAUAAUCCAUUGCAUAUUAUCGGCUUCUUGACCGAGUGGCAGCUCUACGCGCAGAAAUUGGAGGGCGACCAGUGGGCUGGGGAUAAGCUGGAUAAAUCCAAGUUGGAUAAGAUGAGUGAUCAACAACUCGGACAAUUGUACGAGCUCAUGCAGGCUAUUCGCAAUAAAGAUGGAGAGGAGAAAUGA